CAUGCGCGCUGGGCAGUACCGGCUCGGCCAUGGCGCACGGGCACGGGCCCGGCCGGUGCCGCUGCUGCGGGGAGGAGGCGGCGGAGCGCGGCGCGGCCUGGGGGCUCUACCUGCGCAUCGACCGGCAGCGCCUGCAGUGCCUCAACGAGCGCCGCGAGGGCUCCGGAGCCACCGUGUUCCGCCCCUGGGAGGAGCGCGGGGACCGCUCGCAGUUCGUGGAAAGCGAUGAUGAUGAGGAGCUGCUCUUUAACAUCCCGUUCACAGGCAGUGUGAAGUUGAAAGGAGUCAUUGUGAUGGGCGAGGAUGAUGGGACACACCCGGCUGAGAUGAGGCUGUUCAGGAACAUUCCUCACAUGUCCUUUGAUGACACAGCCAAGGAGCCAGAGCAGACGUUCAGCCUGAGCCGGGAUCCCCUGGGACAGCUGGAAUAUCCCACCAAAAUUGCCCGUUUCUCCAACGUUUACCACCUCUCCAUGCACUUCCCAAAGAACUUCGGAGCCGAGACAACCAAGAUUUUUUACAUAGGCCUGAAAGGGGAGUGGACAGAGGCUCAUCGCCACGAGGUCACCAUCUGCAACUACGAAGCCUCGGCGAACCCGGCCGACCACAAGCUGGAACAGAUCACCCCCCAGACUCACUUCAUCUCCUAACGGGAGCCCGCCCGGGGCAGGAACGGCUUCCCGGAGCACCGGAGCAGCUCCACGGCUGUGGGACAGACACGGCGGCGCGGUGCGAGACGGCCCGGGGGCGGCGGGGCCGCUCUGGAGGCUCCACGGAGCCGUGUGCGGGGCCGGUACCGGCUGUGACUGACAAUAAACACGCUGCGGUGCCGA